GAUAUUAUGUGGUGGGUGAUGGGUCCUGGUCACAUCAAACCUAUCAAAUUUUCCAUAUCUCCAGUAUUUUGGUGCUUUCUGGUCCACAAUUCCAUGUCGCGGCGUCGCUUGAACCUAGAGCACACCGGUUGUCCUGUCCAUCUGCCAACGCACGCCACGAAUUCCUGAGUUUCAUUUUUUGUCAUUUGAGGUAUCAAUCCUGAUAGCAACGUCCUGGUUAAGCCGCCAUUCACAAGAACUGACAAGCAAUUGCCGCAGCAGUGAUAGCUCUGCAUGAUUAUUGCUUUCCCCGUAAGCAGAGAGCCUUUGCAGUUGCGUGCUUAUUGCCUGGAGCCUAGUUUGGACAUCUUUGGCACGUCAUUGCGCCAAGGAUUUAUUUUGUACCGGCGUUGUGGACUUCACACUUGGCAUAGACCAAUGCCAGCUGCAUGAUGUGCCCUGUAAAGAUUGUUAAAAUUAGGCGAAAGCGACGGGCUUGACACCGUCACAGUAUAACUUUCCCAAUCCUCUGCAUAUGUGUUGGCGAUCAUAGUAGUCUUAGUGCAGUGCCGUUUCUCUUAGUAGUAUAGCAUAGCAUGUGACGAGUCUUCGGGGGAGAGGAGACGAUGGACGUGUUCAUCCACGAGGACUACGUGAAGAAGCGCAACGAGGUGAGGCGAGAGCAGAGGAGGAAGAAGGUUCAGAUGCAGGUGCUGCAGCUGGGACCAGCGUCGGGCAACCCUGGCGCUUCUUCUCGGCCGGCGUCGGCAUGCCGGGAGGAGAGCCCCAGAGCGCCGAGCCUGUGCACGACGCCCACCGGCAUGUCGCCGUCCACCGUCAGGUCCCCAGCACCCGCAGCAAGCCCAUCGGAGGAAGCAGUUUCUUCUGGUCACCGCCGCCUCUUCGAUUGCCUCAAGCCGUACUAGGUGAGAUUUGGGCGGUGAAGAUUCAGUCCUUUGUUGAAACCUAUUUUUGUGUACCUGACAUGUCUUCGCUCAAGUUGAUCAUACUUGCAAAAGCAUGGCCGUAGUUUGCUGGUUGAGGCACCUGGUUGACUGCUGUUGCCUGUUGACGAGAACAAGCUGUAGCUGUUUGCAUGUGCUAGUGAUGUUUUAUCUACUGUACUUGAUGUAGCAUGCCAUGUAAUUUUAACGAUGUAAAGUAUGAGUGGUGCCAGCUAAGAACAACGACAGCUUUUCAGUGGAA